AUCUGAUUGGCUGUUGACUUAUCAAAUACCUCACCUGGAGCAGUGGAUUCUUCCAAGCUUACCUUUUUUUACCUGGAAGUGGUGGAGUUUGCAGGUGACUCUUGAGCAGCCAUGUUUGGACUUGGGGCAAGCCUCCACUUUCCAGAAGCCGGGUCCUGGUGGCGAGACCCUCCACCUUUGACCUCGGCGGAUUCCCCGUGGGACGUGGCCGAAAUCUCAGCCUGGCAGAAGCAUUUGGAGGAACAGACCGCACUGAGUCCCUUGGAAGCCGAGACAAAGGAUCUUCUGCAGAAGGAGGAGGAUCCGGAGCUAGAAGCCAUCAAGGCAAAGGUUCGGGAGAUGGAGCAAGAAGAAUGGCUCCAGGAGCUGCAGACUAAGAGUCUCCUCCUGAGUUCGGAUCCAGGUCUUCUUUUGCACAGGACAACCGAGGAGAAGGUGGAAGCUGACCAGCGCUCCAUCUACGUGGGGAACGUGGAUUACGGAGGAACAGCAGAACAGCUGGAGUCGCAUUUCAACAACUGCGGAAAGAUAAACCGUGUGACCAUCCUUUGUGACAAGUUCUCUGGCCAUCCGAAAGGAUAUGCCUACAUUGAGUUUGCAGACAAGAGCUCAGUCAAGGUAGCCAUGGAGCGGGAUGAGAGUGUAUUCCGGGACCGCGUCAUUAAGGUCUUGCCCAAAAGGACCAACAUGCCUGGCAUUAGCACGACUGACCGUGGCGGAUCCCGGGGUCAUUUCCAUGGACGGGGCGCCUUGCCACGCCGGGCUGGGUUCAAUGGAGCCCAACGUGCGAGGCCACGCGGAAGGGUCUACAGGUGAGUGCUUGGGGA